GAAGAACCAGAAGAAGAACAGGACGAACAGACGCGUGGUAAAAGUGAAGGUUUGAGGCGCCUUUGGUUUAUCAUAAGCUGUGGCGAGCAGCCGAUUUCCAGCCGGAAAAACGGAGCCAAUUUUCCGAGAGACACAUUAAGAGCCAGCUCAUUCAGCAACAGCAGCCUGAGAGAGACCAGGUAGCCUCCAGGCCUCUCUGAGGACAAGAGACACUCAGUUUCCUUCCAGGGAAAAGGACUCCACAAAGAGAAUACUGGACAUUUAUUGGACUUCUACCGACUUUCUCUGUGGACGGAGAAGCUUUGACGCUUGCUGGACGAUGCUUCACCCAGUAAAUUAUCCACAGUGCAGCUCUAAAUCUCACAGCUUGAGAAGAUGUUGAAAGCUAACGUUAACAACAGACAACGGCUGGUCAUCGAGGACCUUCCACAGCAUCAUGUCUGGUACUGCUUGGGAGGUUCUCAUAACUGAAGAUAUGAAAUCUAAUGUUGAUCACAAAACACCACACACUGUAAAAAUGAAGGAGGAACUAAAACAACAGCAGAUGAUUGAGACUAGAGAGGAAUCAGAAGAAGCAGUUCAACUGUGGAUUUUCCAGGAUGAAGAGCAGGUUUUAGUGAAGCAGGAGACCAAAGCCUCCAUGGUGACUCCUGCUUAUGGGGAAAUAUUCCACAAUGGACAAGAACUGCAGCAGAUGAUGGAGAAAAAUGAUAAAUUAGAACUUACACGGGUUGAAAAAGAGCUGAAGGAAGCAGAACCUGUUGAUAUUAAAGAACCAGAACCUGCACAGAUUAAAGAGGAACAGAACGACCUCUGCAGUGAUCAAGAUGACAAUCAGCUUGCAGUGAAGGACAAGGCUGAAACCUUUACAGUGGCUUCUAUGUAUGAGCAAGAAGGCAAUGGUGAACCAGAACCAAGCAAGAACCAGCCCUACCCCUUUUCCACCAAUGUGGAUCGGAGCCCUUUCCGGUUCCCAAACGUGAUUUCAAACCAGUGUCACGUGUUUUCACCGAAAAAAAAAGGUUCCAAGGCGCGAACUGUGGCCCAACUCGGGCACCGCAGAAUACCUGGUUUUUCAGCACGACCCGUGACGUCACCCGUGGGCCGCUCUAACCUGCAGACAAUAGAAACAAUGGCGAAGAUGAAGAACGUACCGUGGUCCGUGGAGGAAACCCAACAUUUAAUUUUAUUCUGGGCUUGUCCCAAGUUUCAAGUGAAACUCGAAAGCAGCACCCGGAAGGAAAAACUUUAUGGUGAGCUGGUCGAACAGAUGGAGAAGGCCGGCUAUUUUCGCUCCAAAGAGCAGAUCGUAAACAAGCUGAAAAAAAUGAAGAAGGAAUACAGGGAUGCUAAAAAAGAGCUAUCCUGUAGUGGAGUUGGGCGAAUUAAUUUACCGGCCCACUACGCCGAGCUGGACAAUGUAUUAGGUUGUCGACCAGCUAACCAGCUAACUGGAGUGCUGGAAAGCCGAGAGACACCGGCGCCAUCGCCGUUAUCGGCCGCUAAUGAUGAGGACAGUGGAACAUCAAGUGGUGGACCAUCAACUAGUCAGUCCAGACUAGAAAGCACUAUUGCGUCAGAAGAUGCAGAUGACACUUUUGAAAAUACUCGGGAAACCCCAAAGAGAAGAGCAAAAAAAAGGAAGACAAACGAGACCCAGGACAUCUUGGAGUACUUCAAAAGUGCUGAUGCAAGGGCAGAGGAGAGAGAGAACAUGAUGCUCCAACACAUGGAGCAGUCAACCUCCGCCAUGCUGGGCCUACUAGAAAGAAUGGUUAAAACCAUGGAAGAGAAGCAACCCAAAUACAACUAAUUUCAGCAGCUGUGAUAUAUCAUGUAAGAAGGAGAUCUAAGUAGACGCAUGCAGCGGUGAUUUCCUCAUCUUCAUCAUCUUAUUGAAGCUAGAGCCAACCACAGUGGUGGGUAGACCACAACAAAAGGUCUCAACAACGGUCAUGAGCAUCAAUUCCAACUUGACGAUGUCUCAUGCUGUUCACAAGACACUCUGCGACACUCUUAACCUCAGUGCCCACUUUCAACAGUGAACCUACUGUCUGAACCCUCGUCAUGGGGGGAGGUAGAGUUGAUUAGUUGUCAUGAUCAGCAUGAUGAGGAGGACUGUUUAAAAACCAACUCUGAUUUAACCAGGAAGUAAGUUGGUUGAUUCAUGAAUCAAAUAACUGUUGUGAAUUUUGCCAUAAGCAACUUGAACUAUUCUGUAAACACCUUCCAAGGUUUAGGAAUGUGUUCAAAGUUAGAUGAGGAAAUCGACCAGAACUGCAGCCUCCACUCUAAUUCAUCCCAAAAGUGUUAAAGAAGCUCGAGCUCAGGACCAGGCUUCUUCUUAAUGAAUUAUGCCAGUGACAUUUCUCCACACCAAACGUUUUACACCUGCAGUCAUGGAAGUGACUGGAACACCAGAAUUUACCGAUUUGGUGCUGUGACCCAACAUUUUUGGCAAUAUACUUUGUAUAUAUAAACAUAUUUUAUAUCGAUGUAUAAAAUGUGUGUAUUAGUACAUAUGCAUAAAUGAACUCUUGUAAAUACGGGUGUGCUUGUCAAUGCUAUUCAGUUCAUUUUUGUUGUGUGAAAAUGUCAAGUAUUUUGUUAACAAAACUAUAAAUACAGUUUCUAUAAGAAAGCCAA